CGUAGCAAGCGAAGAAGACGCUGGACAGAAAUGGCGGUGACGGCGAGUCCCACGGCAUGAGGUUGCUAAACGCCUUUUACAUGGAUCGGACACAUCUGACUGCUGGGGAAAUGACAUUGAUGUCGAAGUAGGAAACCCGUCGAGGCGGCCACUUCUGAGCUCCAACAUCUCCCCGGGAGAGUUGUCUUGUCCGACGAGGAGAGCAAAUCUCACCGGGAGCAUGGCUUCUUACGGCAACCAGUAUAUCUUUGGGGAAUUCAGCCCAGAUGAGAUCAAUCAGUUCUUUGUGACUCCACGAUGUUACGUCGAGCUUCCACCAUUCAACGACAAAGGGCCAUGUGUCAGUCAGUCUUCCGGAGGUUACUGCACUCCUGCUGUACCAUAUAUAAUGGAGUCAAUGGGACUGCAGGGUUGCGGAGAUGACUAUCAACGCAUUAAGUUUGGUGUUGAUGAGGUCAUAGACUCCAAGCCCGUAGGCGGCAUGAACGACUCUUUGUACAAGGUGUCGAGCACACUGAACCCACAGGCUCCCGAGUUCAUCCUGGGCUGCCAGUCGGCACAGAAGACUCAACAGACGACGACGACGACUCCGGUGGCCGAUGCCCUGGAUGGAAGCCACUUCAACUCUGAGGACGGACCCGACUCGGAGGCGUCGGCCCUGGACAAUCAUCAGGUGUGCCAGGACAUGGACGGGCUACCUGGUGGCCUGGCACAGCGAGAGAGAAAGAAAAAGAAAAAGCGGCCCCCGGGGUACUACAACUACCUAGACCCAUCAGCUAGCGGCAACAACAGCGGCGCUCCUGCCGACGGGGGGACGCCUGUGACGGCACUCGUGAAUGGACACGCACUUGGCGCCUCGCAACACAGUGCCGAGGAUGCGGACUGUAAGACUUUAGCGGGGACCGGCCUUUCCUCUCCGAGCGUCGUCUCCACGGCGACGGCUGCUCCGACGGCCACAUCAGCCGCUUCCAAUCAGAGGACUUGUGAUAGCCCCGAUUACUCGUCAUCGGACUUAAAAAGCGGGGCCGCUUGCACCAAUGUAACUUUGCCCUUUUCGCCCUCAUGUCAAAUUAGAAGCAUGACUGAGGGACCAAGGACUGCAGAUGAGCAGCCAGAACAGUUGGCUCCACAGAGCCCCCAACUUUCAGAUAGUCCGCACAGCCUCCGCUCUAAGUCACCUCUUCCUGCUUCUGCUGCUACGACUACUGAAACCGAGGGCGGCGAGGUGGCAGAGAGUAAUGGCUUGGCAGAGGCCGCCACUCCCAUUAGUGCACAUGGACACAAGGAAGAGUGUGAGAGUGACGAUUUGACCCCGCAGGUCUCUCCGCACUGUGCUGCCCAAACGGCGGCAGCGGAGGUGUCGCAGUCGCCCGCAGGUCCGGCCGCGCAAACUGCCAACCCCCCUAAAUCGUGGGCUAGCCUCUUCCACAACUCUAAGCCACUUCCUGGCAGCCCUCCGGCCUUUGUGGAGAUUAAGAAUGCCGUGGAAGUUGUCGCCCCUCCGCCCUUGACACCAGAGACGCCUGAGGAGAAACCUGUUGAGGUCAAGCAGGGCACUGUCCAUGUAUCAGAGGACCCUAUGGCUCCAAAGCUUGCAGAACUUAUAGAGAAUGUGAAGUUGAUACAUAAACCAGUGUCUUUGCAGCCGAGAGGACUCGUCAACAAAGGAAACUGGUGCUACAUCAACGCUACUCUUCAGGCCCUGAUCGCAUGUCCUCCCAUGUAUCACCUGAUGAAGUCCAUUCCUCUGCACAGUGAAACACAGAGACCGUGCACUUCCACGCCCAUGAUAGACAACUUUGUGAGGCUGGUGAAUGAGUUCACAAACAUGCCGGUGCCUGCUAAGCCAAAACCAGGUGUCGGUGAAAAGCUGGUGAAAGACAUUCGUCCGGGCAUCCCCUUUGAGCCAACGUACAUCUACAGACUCCUCACGCUCAUCAAGUCCAGUCUUUCGGAAAAGGGUCGUCAGGAAGACGCAGAGGAGUAUCUUGGCUUCAUUCUUAACGGACUGCACGAGGAGAUGCUGGCUUUGAAAAAACUAAUCUCGCCUCAGGAAGAGAAAGCCCCCACCCCCAAUGGCCCAGAAUCCCCGCCAGGUGUGGAGGAAGACAACGCCGGCAAGGACGAAGACGGGAGCGAGGAUGAGUGGGAGCAAGUUGGCCCUCGCAACAAGACUUCCAUCACUCGCCAAGCUGACUUUGUCCGCACGCCCAUUACUGACAUAUUUGGAGGACACAUUAGGUCGGUGGUGUAUCAGCAAAACUCCAAGGAAUCGGCCACACUGCAGCCCUUCUUUACGCUGCAGCUCGAUAUUCAGUCAGAGAAGGUCCGCACGGUCCAGGAGGCCCUGGAAACGCUGGUCGCCCGAGAGUCCGUGCAGGGCUACACUUCCAAGAGCAAGCAGGAGAUUGAGGUCAGCCGGAGGGUCACUCUGGAGGAGCUGCCCCCUGUCCUCGUGCUCCAUCUCAAGAGAUUUGUCUUUGAGAAGACCGGAGGCUGUCAAAAACUCAACAAGAUCAUUGAGUACCCCGUAGAUCUGGAAAUAAGCAAAGACCUGCUGUCUUCUGGAGUGAAGAGCAAAGUUGUGAAAGGCCAAAGAACGUACAGACUCUUUGCAGUGGUCUAUCACCACGGGAACAGUGCGACAGGCGGUCACUAUACCACGGAUGUCUUCCACAUCGGUCUUAACGGCUGGCUGCGCAUCGACGACCAGGCGGUGAAGGUGAUCAACCAAUACCUGGUGGUCAAGCAGAUUGCUGAGCGCACCGCUUACCUGCUGUACUACCGCCGCGUUGACCUCUUGUAGGCGCGCACGCACGCACACACACACACACACACCACAUACACACACGCGCAUGCACAUCAGCAAUGGAGCAAGCGACAUGCAUACACUCACAAAUACAUAACCAACACAGAUCCCCCUCAUCUUACACGUGACACACGCAAACACAUGUGGAACAUAUGAUGAACAGGAACACUGCCCGACUUUGUUCUCUUGCAAGAUUUUCCUCCUCUUCCCUCGUGUCCUUGCUUCCUUGAGAGCCAGCUUUUCCAGCACCUCUUCCCAAGUGGAGACACAAGUUGCAUUCACCAAGAAUUCCUUGCAACGGCUCGCUUUUCUCUGUGCACAACUGCUGUCGGUUUAUGUUCUUCUCGAGAAAAAAAAAAAAAAGAAAGGUGAAAGAUGAGGCAGUUCAGAUGAAGAACUGCAAAAUGCACCGCUGGGGUGUCUUCUCUCCCGAAAUUAUCAGUGUUGGCCUUUUUCAUGAGGAGAACCACAGCGAAAAGGCCCGUUUUUGAAUGAGCCCAUUGACCAGGCCUAGCACCAGCAUCAACAUCCUCUUCAUCACCACCACCAUCGUCAUCAUCCCCCCUCCCCUCCAAGACUCCUCGUCUCCUUUCCUCAUCCAGGUUGAGCCCUCACACAGUGAGGACUGGGCUACACGGAAUCUGAAGUGAACACUCUUUGGCUCUUUACGUCUACACCGUAUCUAAGCAGUCUUUAUUGCGCUUUAGAAUUUAAGAUAAGCUUUCUGUGCACAAAGUUUAAAUUGAUGAUGAUUACGUGGCAGGCAUAUUUGCAAUUAUUUAGACUUAAAUUGUCAACAACAAAAAAGAAACAUGCAGUCCUGAAGGACUUGGCCUGUUUUUAGAUUGUUUGCACUGGAGAUGGCAACUAAUCAAAAGAUAGAUUCCGCUGCAAGCGCCCCUUGUUUACUUUGUGCGUUUCUUGUUCAAUCCAUUUACCGUCUCUUUUGUCGCCCCUGGGUUCAGGUGGCUCCUUAGUAUGUCUGAGCCACACAGCACCCAUCCAACUCCCCUCAAAAACUCAGCUGUGGGGGCCAGGGGAGGGCAGCCUUCGGUUCAAUCUGUGAUCUUUUCCCCACCCAAAUGGGGCAAACACAUUUGAAGUGACACGGUAGACCCCCUUGUGUCUGCGGUGCGUUGAAGGGUGCAAAAGAAAGUAGGUGACACCAGUGCUUGGACGUGUGCACGCACAUACACAAAUAGAGAUAGUGUUAGCUUUUGUUGAUUUUUUUUUUCUUUUUCUUUUUUUUCUUUUUUUUUUGCAUAAUACAUUGAUUGUGAUGAUUUUUGUUUGUUCACGCUACUAAAAUGUUAAUUUUUGUUUCGGUCACUCAUUGGAUGGUCCCACCUUCAUGCUCCCCUCUGACUUGGGUUUGUUUAAAUUGGAUGUUUUCAGAAGAAAAGACAGGUCACAGCAUAACUUUGAAUAAAGAUGAAGUAGUUCCUUUGCUCCAUACUUUUUUCAUUUUCUGUCACUCGCACAACCACUUUCACCAACAUCUCAUCUUGCACAAAGCACCCAACUCGAUGCUUUAUUUAAGUGCACUCCAUUCCCCCAUAUCAUGUCUCUGUAAAGUGAAGACAUUUUUUGCAAGAGCACUGUCAACAACCCCGGCAAAUUUGAAUGAUUUGAUGAAAUGGUAAGUUUGAAACACUGUAAAAAAUAGUUUAUGCAACUUAGUGUAUUAGACCUAAAUCUCGAUUUUACUAACUUAGAUCCUACAUGACUUUAUGUCUAACGCAGGUUGGUCAUGGAUCCAAAUAUUAUUACAUUUUCAAGUAGUAUUUUAAACAAUAAAAUGUCAACCGACUUCCAUGUGUGUCGAGCAAACUGACCCCCUUGGCUGCCCAACAACAUGCCUGACUUAAAUUAACGCAACAAAGAACCCCUUAGGCUGCCUAAAAACAUGCCUCUAAAAAAACAAGACUUUCUAUACAACACUCUUUCGAGGUUAACGCGACUCACAAAUUCCGGACCCCAAAGUUUGUGUAAAAUCGAGAUUUAGGUAUAUUUUACCCCAACAAUCCCUACAUGUUAAUAUAUCAGGUGCAUUUCUGCUAUCGUCCAAAUCUCUGAUUUCACUUUACAGGGCCUUUUCAUUAAGACCAGGUCGCGCCUGAAUUCAACACUUAAUAAUUUAGUGGAUCUUGAUGUGUUAAUGUCAUUCCACUUACAUGUUUUUUAACGUUUAAAACGGUUGCCAACUAAACCAAAGGACAUCAUAUUGGAUCCCCCUGCUUAUUUGAAAACUUGUGGCCUGUCUUCAUCUCCUACGUUCAAAUUGUGCUGCAAGCUUUGUUGUGAUUCCUCCCCAAACUGUGACAUGGAUCUUUAUUUGCGUAUUUAUUCCUCCAACAAGAAUGUCAGGACGUUUGGACUAUGAAACGGACAAUGUGAGCUUUCCGGUUGCUUAAUGUGUGUCUUCGGUAUGAGCUCCUAACACUGUUUGUCUGCUGGAGUUAUACAACAAUCUCUUUUGUCUUUUGAAUUUCGGGCCUCCGCCAUUCUGUUUUGUUUGUUGUUCGAAUAAAGGAUUGUGCAAAAAGCGGUUUGCUAAUAAUGACAUGGA